GGAAGUAAAUAUGAUUCAAAUUUUUGAAAGUUGGAGUCCCUCUGCUCGCGCCAAUCGCGGUGACCCUUUUUUGACGGUGCUGGAGUUUCUGAGAUUUUAUCUUCUUUAUGCUUGCGAGCCAACCCGUGAAAUACAACGUUUCGCUUUGCGCCAGUCUGGGAAGAAAGGUCGAUAUCCUCAUCUCUUUGACUUCCCAGAAACCAUGGUAGUCUUCCUAACAAACUUCAUAUUAGACGCUUUUGGCUUAUUCGCGGAUGAGCUUCUUCUAAGUGCCGCUGAAUGCGCAAGACAAGCUAAUGGUUACUGGCAUACGCUAGGAGAGAACGAUCAACAACGCGCGAAGAGAUUUGAUAGCAUGGUGGAAGCCAGAUUUACUUGGAGCGGAAAUAUUCGUUCAGCACUUACAAGAGCAUUGGGAGACCUGCGCGCUUAUUCGUUCAAGCCGGAAAAGAACGAACUCGUUCCCCCAUCGAAAAAACGCACUUGUACAGUUGCAGUGGCCACCGAUCCGGUCCAGGUCAGGGAUGAGGACAAAGACUAUGAACUCGAAACACUUUGAAGCAAUUCUAUCA